CGGCGCUGCCUCUGCUCCCCCGAGAGCCUCCUCGACUACGGGACUUGUCUCUGCUGCGUCAAGGGUCUCUUCUACCACUGCUCCACCGACGACGAGGAUACCUGCGCCGAUGACCCCUGCUCCUGCGGGCCGGGGUCCUGCUGUGCCCGCUGGGCUGCCAUGAGCUUCCUCUCCCUCCUCAUGCCCUGCCUUUGCUGCUACUUUCCUACCCUGGGGUGCCUCAAACUUUGCCAGCGGGGUUACGAUGGCCUGAAACGACCCGGCUGCCGCUGCCAGAGCCACACAAACACGGUCUGCAGGAAGAUCUCCUCCUCCAGCGGCACGCCUUUCCCCAAGACGCUGGAUAAGCCGGUAUGA